AUCAAUAAUAAUGAUAGAUUACAGUCCAAUAGCAUCAACAUAACAAUAAACGCUGAAUAUCAGAAGUCCUGAAUGCAAUCAAGAUGCUUAAAGCUGGGAAAACACCGGGACCAGAUGGAAUCCCAGCAGAGGCUUUGAAAAUAGACCCAGAGACAACAGCGGACUUGAUGACACCACUGCUGGAGAAGGUGUGGAAAGAGGGCAAAGUACCCGAGGACUGGAAGAACAGUUACUUAUUCAAACUUCCAAAGAAAGGAGACUUAAGUCAAUGUAAAAACUGGCGUGGAAUUAUGCUUCUGUCCAUUCCAAGCAAGAUACUAAGUCGCAUCAUCCUGGAGAGAAUCAAACAAGCCCUAGAUGAAAAACUUCGUCCGGAACAGGCUGGAUUCAGGAGAAACAAAUCAUGUAUUGAUCAAAUCGCCACUCUACGGAUCAUCAUUGAACAAAGCUUGGAAUGGCAGUCACCUCUCCACCUCACUCAACUUCAUCGACUUUGAAAAGGCCUUCGACAGCGUCGAUCGAGAGGUCAUUUGGAAACUACUUCGCUACUACGGGGUCCCAUCGACAAUUAUACAUCUCAUCCAACAGUUAUACGACAAUGCUGCAUGCCAAGUAAUCCACAACGGGAAACUUACGGAAGCCUUCGAAGUGAGGACGGGAGUGAGGCAAGGCUGUCUACUAUCACCAAUGAUCUUCCUGAUUGCAAUUGAUUGGAUAAUGAGACAGACAACGGCAACCAACGAGGGAACAGGCAUAAAAUGGACUGACACAAAAGACUUGGAGGAUCUGGAUUUCGCCGAUGAUAUAUGUCUGAUUUCCCAUAAACUGGAAGAUAUGCAAGUGAAAAGUAACAAGUUGGCAGAAGAAGCAUCAAAGAUAGGACUUCACGUGAACAUAGAUAAAACAGAGAUAAUGAAGAUUCCUAGCCAACAUCAACAUCAACAACACCAACAGACCACAAUAAG